AUGGAUAGCCACGCCACCAAUGGCGUCAAGUCCAACAACUACUGGUGCACCGAAUCUCCCAUUUCUGCAUUUGACUUUAGAAGCGAUACCAUCACAACACCCAAUGCUCGUAUGCUCGAGGCCAUCACCGCCACGACAUUAGCAGAUGAUGUGUUUCAAGAAGACGCCACCACCAAUGACCUCGAGAAACUCAUCACUCUCCUGACGGGAAAAGAAGCGGCACUGUUCGUGCUCUCCGGAACCAUGGGGAAUCAAGUCGCCAUUCGCACGCAUCUGCAAGGGCCUCCGCACUCGGUCGUGGCCGACCACCGCGCUCACAUCAUCGAGUGGGAAGCGGGUGGCGUAGCGUCUCUGUGCGGUGCCCUGUGCAAAGGAGCGAUACCCAGUAAUGGAAAGUAUUUGACGUUGGAAGACGUGCAGAAGGCUGUGGAUCUGCGAGAGGAUGUCCAUGGGUGUCCUACCAAGUUGAUAUCCCUCGAGAACACGCUUGGAGGCGUCAUUUACCCCGUCGAGGAAAUCCGACGAAUUAGUGACUGGGCACAUGAACACGGCAUCAUCAUGCACUUGGAUGGUGCGAGGUUAUGGGAGGCUGUGGCUGCUGGAGCUGGGAGCUUGGCGGAUUACUGUGCUUGCUUUGACAGCGUUAGUCUGUGCUUCUCCAAAGGUCUAGGUGCACCCGUGGGAAGCAUGAUAGUCGGUACACGGGCCUUCCGAGAGCGUGCACGCUGGAUUCGGAAGAGCAUUGGUGGAGGCAUCCGGCAAGCUGGUGUUCUGACUGCUGCUGCACGGGUCGCAGUCGAGGACACCUUUCUUGGCGGCAAACUCCAAGCGUGUCACGAACGUGCCCGCCAAAUUGCCGCGCUGUGGGAGGGCUAUGGAGGCAGGACCAGCCAUGCGGUGGAGACCAACAUGGUAUGGCUCGAUGUCGAGGCCGCAGGAAUCACAGUCGACAAGUUCGUCGAGCUAGGUCAAAAAGCCGGUGUACGACUGCUCGGAGGACGAUUGGUCGUCCACUACCAGAUCGGCCAAGCGGCAAUCGAGAGACUCGACAAUCUGUUCCAAGCUGUGUUGAAACACAAAGAAUUGUCCGGUGUGAGUGAAGCUCCUAACGUACGUUUUUGA